AUGAGGCCAUCAUGUCUCCUCAUCAGGCGCUUCCACCACCCAACGAUAGCAUGUUUUCAGCAACGAACAUUGCUUACCUUAGCGAUCGAAACUUCCUGCGAUGAUACCAGCGUAGCAGUGCUCGAGAAGCACCCAAACAAUUCCGCAACCAUCCACUUCAAUGAGAAGAUCACAUCCGAUAAUCGCGCAUACGGCGGAGUCCAUCCCGUCGAAGCACAUAUCUCGCAUCAAAAGACUCUCUCCAGUCUCGUGAAUCGAGCUUUGCUGAGUCUCCCCAUCCAGAAAUCGACCGAGUCUCUCGAGAACGCGAUAUUCGUGAAGGGUCAACAUGGCGCCACACUCAGGAAGAAACCUGAUUUCGUAACGGCCACUCGUGGUCCUGGUAUGCGAGCGAGUCUGAUAACUGGAGUUGAUACUGCGAAGGGGCUGGCUGUGGCAUGGCAGGUUCCCUUUCUGGGCGUCAACCAUAUGCAGGGCCAUGCACUUACGCCACGACUGGUGUCUGCAUUGGAUGCUGGAAAAGAAGGACUGAAAGGCAAAGACAAAGAUCCAGAAUUUCCGUUCUUGACAUUGCUUGUGUCUGGGGGACAUACUAUGCUGGUUCACUCGCAGUCUCUCUGCAACCACGAAAUACUGGCAAAUACUACGGACAUUGCGAUUGGAGAUAUGAUUGAUAAAUGUGCUCGGGAUAUUCUACCUCCCUCUUAUCUAGAAGGUGCCAAAGAUGUCAUGUAUGGUCCUCUACUUGAAUCGUUCGCCUUUCCAGACGCCCAACCAGAAUUUCAAUACGUCCCUCCAAAGUCCUUUGGCAGUCCUCGCCAUCCAAUGAAUCAAUCAUAUAAUUGGAAGCUCUUACCACCAUACUCCACACCUGGUCGAGAGGGCCCAAAGGGACAUGCAGAUGCAUUCACAUACUCCGGGACUGGCGCAGCAGUCAGAAAAAUCGUUGAGCGAAUCCCUGGAAUGGAUGAUUCAGAACGCAGAGCCCUCGCCGGACUGGCCAUGAUGGUCGCAUUCGAACACCUCGCCUCUCGAGUCCUUUAUGCCCUUGAGAGACCCGAGAUCAAAGUCAAUACCUUAGUCGUUUCCGGUGGAGUCGCAAGCAAUCAAUUUCUGAAGACCAUUCUCAGGACUAUACUAGAUGCUCGUGGGCACGAGAAUGUUAAACUGGUGUUUCCACCGCCGAAAUUCUGUACCGACAAUGCUGCUAUGAUUGCAUGGACUGGUAUCGAGAUGUAUGAGGCAGGGUGGAGAACUAGUUUGGAGGCUAUUGCUAUCAGAAAAUGGGCGAUUGAUCCUAAGGCUGAGGAUGGUGGGAUCUUGGGUAUUGAUGGAUGGGAGAAGGUGGAUUGGUGA